UGGCGUUACGCAAUCUCCCACACGUCGAGUGUAAUAAAAAGCAAAGACACUUCUCCCCUAAUAUACGUCAUCAAUCAGAUCAAUAUCGAAGUACGUUUCUCUUGAAUCUGCGUUAGAAAACAAUCUCACACCUCUCUUCCUCGGCGACAACGAAGAUCAUCAACAACAUCCAUGGCGAUUAUAAGGUCAGUAAAAGUUGGGAAUCUCUCCUCAGGAGCAACAGAGCAUGAUAUCAAAGAGUUCUUCUCUUUUUCUGGUGAAGUUGAAAGUAUUGACAUCCAAGGUAGCGAGAGUAGUGCUUAUGUCACAUUCAAAGAUCCUCAAGGAGCAGAGACAGCUGUGCUCUUAUCAGGUGCGAGUAUUGCUGAUCAGUCAGUCAUCAUUGAGAUGGCUCCUAACUACACUCCACCUGCUGCCCCUCAUGCUGAAACGCAGAGCGGUGAUGGAGGCGCUGCAGAAUCAGUUGUACAGAAGGCAGAAGAUGUUGUGAGCAGCAUGCUAGCAAAGGGUUUCAUCCUCGGGAAAGACGCGGUCGGCAAAGCAAAAGCAUUCGAUGAGAAACUCGGUUUCACUUCGACCGCAACCGCAGGAGUUGCUUCCAUCGACCAAAAGAUCGGUCUAAGCCAAAAAUUCACAGCUGGUACGAGCCUGGUGAACGACAAGAUCAAAGAGGUGGAUCAAAGCCUCCAGGUUUCAGAGAGGACCAAGUCUGCGUAUGCUUCGGCCGAGCAGACGGUGAGCAGCGCAGGAAAUGCCGUGAUGAAAAACCGUUACGUGUUGACCGGUGUGACCUGGGCCGCAGGAGCGUUCAGCAGAGUUGCUAAAGCUGCUGGAGAGGUUAGUCAGAAAACAAAGGAAAAGGUUGAAGCUGAGCAACCACCACCACAACCGUCACAGUCGCAGGAGCAGUUACCUGAAGGGUAUGCUCCGAUUCAUUCGUCUGAAUACUCCAAGAAGUGAACUACAGUACAGUUGAAAAGUUUUUUUCUCUCUUUCAUGUUGGAUUAUAUGAUAUGUUAUAACAUAACUAUGCUUGGAUCUUGUCUAUAUAUAUAUAUAUUCAAUAAUCCAAACAGUUAUACAUAGAAAGAGAUAACCACCA